GUUUCUUCGAGGGCUUCCGCCGCGCAAGCUACACAUCUCUACAAGUGCGCAUUGCGCGGUCGCCGAGUGUUUGAAAAAUUCGAAGCAAUCACUCGAUCCUCGGCAAUGACGUCCGCGGCGACAAGCGCGCUCGAAGAGGAAGCUCGGCAGUAGAUGCACCCCGGCAGAGCAUUCGUCGCCCUGGGAACGUUUCUGGCCGCCACUUUUUGGACCAUGGCUUGGAGGUCGCACGGCAAGACCAACCUCGAGCUGGUGAGGAAUCUCAAACACAAUGGCAUCAUAAGGUCGGCCAAAGUGGAGCAGGUGAUGAGCCAGGUGGACAGGGGUCACUACGUCAAGCACAACCCGUAUAUGGACUCCCCGCAGGGCAUCGGCUAUGCAGUCACCAUCAGUGCACCCCAUAUGCAUGCUCAGGCCUUGGAGAGCCUCAAGGACCACCUGUACGAAGGGGCGAAAGCUCUAGACGUCGGGUCAGGCAGCGGCUACCUGACGGUCUGCAUGGCACUCAUGGUGGGCGAAACGGGGCGGACGAUAGGCAUCGACCACAUCCCCGAGCUGGUCGACCAGUCUAUCGCCAACAUCCACAAGGGCCAUCCUGCGCUCCUAGACUCCAAGAGGCUUCGCAUGAUCGUUGGGGACGGCCGGGUUGGCUACCCGGAAGAGGCCCCGUACGACGCCAUCCACGUGGGAGCUGCCGCCCCCGAGCUACCCAAGCAGCUGAUAGAGCAGCUGAAGCCCGGCGGCCGGUUGAUCUGUCCCGUGGGGCCCGCGGGCCAGAGCCAGACCCUGGAGCAGGUGGACAAGCUGCAGGACGGGACGGUCAAGCGCACCUCCCUCAUGGGCGUGGUCUACGUCCCGCUCACCGACAAGGAGGCCCAGUGGCCCGGCAGGUGGCUCACCGAAGUGGCGAACUAUAGGAAGAGGCUCGGCACCAAAGAGGGAACUCUGUCGUCUGCUGCCGACCGAUCGCCGCCGCCCACAGAAUGAAGAGCGGCCGUGGGCCAUGCCGGUGUCGCGGCCACACUUCUAACGGGUCCUGCUCCAAACCCUCGCACGUCUGGAUCUCGUAGAGCCCCGACGGCCAGGCAUUUCGAGUUCGCGCACCCUCGCCGAGCUUUUCUCGUUACUAGAGGAUAACAUAAAUGGCCCCGUCAUGCCGAAAAAACUUUUGACAGGCUUUGAAAAGCAGCUCGACAGGUAUGACCCUUUUUUUUUUCUCUUGCGUUGCUCGCAAGUUUAUUUAUUGCCCCGCUGCGCACGAAGGACGGCGAAGACGUCGGGAGGUGAAGGCUGCGGGCGUUUUCUCGUCGGCACGGUGUUUGUUUGCACGCGCUUUCGCCCAGUGUUGUUGGACCCUUCCCCGGUUGGGAAGUGUGCGGGAAGAGAGCGAGAGACGGAGCGCACUUCCCCGCGUCAAAAGUUUUGACCUGUGUUAGAAUAAAGCGUGGGCGUUUGUCCAA